CCCGUUUCAGGCAGCAGGGUUGGACCAGAUAGAAGCUCGGAUAGUGAUUGAAAGUGAUGGUAAAAGGAUUUAGCCUAGGCAUUAACUGAGAGAGGGAGUGAACGAGAGAGAGAGACAGACAGACAACGAGAGACAGAGGGAGAGAGAGAUAGAGAGAGGAGGGAAGAGGAGAAAGAGGGAGGGUGAUAUUUUCCAUAAAGCCUUUUUUCUCUUUCUUUCUGCCCUUGAGCAUCCCGGGUAAGCCCAAGCUUGCAAAGUGGGAAGAGGAGGAGGAGAUGGGUACAGAAGGACGCACACAAGCCUUUUGUCAAAGUCAAUAUUUUAUACUUUUGAUACUCCUUGACGCUGGAUUUCAGUCCUCUUCUCUCAGCCGUUUCGAGAUCUAGGACACCGGUCUACAGUGCGCAGUCAGCCACGGUGUGAUAGAAAGUACCCGGCGCAGGCAACAACAAACAGCGAGCUGGGCGGGCAGAUAACGGGAGUACAGUGAGGACCGCGGCGGGGGACGAGUACAGUGGGUGAUCGGGAGCAUCUGUUUGGCCAAAGAGGGGGACGCUGAUGUACUCCAGUGCCACGCAAAGUGCUGACCUGUCUCUUGGAUGCAUGUUAAAAAACAAUCAGAGAAGCUCUGCCAGUCUAAAACGUCCAAUGGAUGUCUCUGAAGACCCAGCAACUACACCUACAUCCUCACCGACCAGCGCCACUGUUUCCCGACAGGACACCUCUCUCUGAGACAUGGAUCCGCGUUAACAUCUCUUCAUCUCCAUGAAACACUAUGGUUACAGUGUAUGCCGAGAUUAGUCUCUGUAACAUUAUCCACAUCUCCAUCCACAGCCCAUCUUCCUCAGGAAGUCAGCCGCCAAAACAACAAAGUGUUCCUCUCUGGGCUCUGUGGGACCCGUCAAUAUCUGUGAAGAGAGACUGAGUGAAAGUUGCCGAUACAGUGUUCUGUUUAGGGAAUUUAUAAACCUUUAGGUUUGGCUGUCAGUUAACGAGCACAUUAGUGGACGGUACAGCAAUAUGAUGGUAGGGAUGUCAGUUAUUACUUUAUGAUCACCGCUCCAUGCGCUUCACCUGUAUUCUGAGCUCCGUGGCCCCCUCACCCUGCGCUGGACCCCACCCCAAACACCACCCCAGCCUGCCAUGCUCCUCCAGGUCGUGUUGCUGCUGCUGCACUGCUUGGCCUCCACUCUGGGCCAGUACGAACUGUGCAAGUCCUUGGUGAGCACGGAUGAGGGCUCUGUGUGGGAGCAUUAUGCGUGCCAGCCGAAAUCCGCGUCCAUGAAAGACUACAUGAGGAUCAAGGUGGAUCCGCCCGGAAUUACUUGCGGGAAUCCACCCGAGAGGUUCUGCACUCUGGAGAAUCCAUACCUGUGCAGUGAUGAGUGUGAUGCCUCUAACCCAGACUUGGCCCACCCCCCUCAGCUGAUGCAGGACCGUGAACGCAAUGGCCUAAUCACCUAUUGGCAGACAGUCACAUGGAGACGCCACCCAGAGCCCUUAUUGGCCAACAUCACAAUGUCCUGGAACAAGAGUCUGGAGCUCACCGAUGACAUCCAGAUCACCUUCGAGUACGGCCGUCCUACAAUCAUGAUACUGGAUAAGUCCAUGGACCACGGCCACUCCUGGCAGCCCUACCAGUUCUAUGCUGAUGAUUGCCUGGACGCCUUCAACAUGCAGCCCAAACGUGUGCGUGACCUUUCGCCCGCCAACAUUACACGAGUCAUCUGCACCGAGCAUUAUUCGCGCUGGGUCGGCUCCAAGAACGACAAGAAUGUGAAGUUCGAAGUGCGGGCACGCUUUGCUGUGUUUGCUGGGUCUCGGCUACAGAACAUGGACAGUCUGUACACUCGCAUGGAAAGUAUGAAGGGCUUGAGGGACUUCUUCACCUUCACCAACCUUAGGUUGAGGCUUCUCAGGCCCGCCCUCGGAGGCACCUAUGUCCAGAGAGAUAACCUGCUCAAGUACUUCUAUGCCAUCUCCAACAUCGACGUACCUGCCAGGUGCAAGUGUAACCUCCAUGCCUCCCAGUGCCUGCUGCAGGAUGGGAACCUCCAGUGUCAGUGCGAACACAACACCACUGGCCAGGACUGCCAGCGCUGCAAAAAAGGCUUCAAAGCCAAGUCCUGGAAGGCUGGUUCCUACCUGCCAGCACCCAAUGGAACCCCCAACAUCUGUACAAUUGCUGGUUCCCCCUCCGGUUCUAACUGUGAGUGCUAUGGACACUCCAACCGCUGCAGCUACAUCGACUACCUGAACAUCAUCACAUGCGUCAGCUGCAAGCACAACACCAGGGGCCAGAACUGCCAACACUGCAGACUGGGAUACUUCCGCAACGCCUCUGCUGAACUGGAUGAUGAGAGCGUCUGCAUCGAGUGUAACUGCAACCAGAUGGGUUCUGUUCACGACCGUUGUAACAGUACAGGCUUCUGCCAGUGUAAAGAUGGCGCCACAGGGGCCAAGUGUGACGACUGUGUGCCGGGCUACUACUGGAAACAAGGCUGUUACCCUAACCUGUGCGAUGAGGAGAUGCUCCUGUGCCAGAAUGGAGGAACGUGUUACCAGAACCAGAAGUGCAUCUGUCCUCCAGAGUUUAAGGGGGUGCUGUGCCAACACUCUCGCUGUGAGGCAGGCAAGGACUGCAACACUGCCUCUUCGCCGCACUUCUCCACGGCCACCCUGCUGCUCUGUACUCUGCUAGGCCACCUGCUGACGAGAUUAACUCCGCACUGAGCCACAAAAAAAAACUCUCAAACCAAGGAGUGUGUAUAUGUGUAUGUACGUGAGGUGAGGCGAGACCCAAACUGGGUAGGGCCAUGCCUGUGAUGGACCCAAUGAAAACACACCUCAGCAGUCGCAUAAGUGCGCACAACAUUAACUGGCCCCUUAUGAAAAGACAUGCGCACACACACACCCCUCAAAGGACUGUUAUAAUACCGAUUGUGUGCUCAUGUGUGAGGGGAAAAAAAAAGGGGGAGUGACCUCAGAGAAAACAAAUGCAGACAAAGGGAAAAACAAUCAUACCAACCACUGUUCCCUUUAUUCCUGAGCUGGAGCUAUGUGCAUCAAACCAAAAAGCCUAAAAGAAAACACUUCAAUCACCACUGUUUCACGUCAAAGGGAAUGGCUGUUGUAAUGACAAUGACCUCUUGUUUUUCCCCCACUUUUUUCCUUGGUUGAGUUGAGGAUCUCACCUCCGUUAGACUGAUGGCCAAUGAGUGUGUGUCAGCCUCGGUGAGAGGACGAGACAUGUCAACAUGAUGGACAGAUGGGUCAGGAGGCGAGGUGUGCAUUUCAUCCUGCUGCUGAGGCCUACAUAGUAUAUUAAACAGGUCUCAUUUCUUCAGAAAAAUGAGACAUGGUUUUACAUUUAUUCUACUUCUGCUGCGUUAUUUUUUUUUUUAAUUAUACCUUCAGUCAUUGUAUCUAAUGUGCCCACUAACAGUUGCUGAGAUUAUACAUAUUACAUAAUAUCCAGGGGCUUAUGAAUUAUAAAAAUUUAGUCACUAUUAUGGUUGUUAUAGGAAUGAGUGAUUGUUGCCACACAUAGCAAGAUUUAAUCUUCACGCAGUAUUCAGGAAGAGAAUUUAAAAUAAUUUAACUUAUCAGAAGAAUAAAAGAGAGAGACAAGAUAUCAAUCAUGUAUCAAUAUUAUAUGACAUUAUUUGAAUAUUUUUUGUAGAAAUUAUUUUUGUUUCAAGUUACAAUAAAUUAUAAAAACAUUUACAGCUAUUCUAAAUGAGCAUUUUAUUACGCAUGUGUAAACCUUGCAGUAAAUGUUAUUUGCCCUCUUGCUUGCACUUUAUUGAUUCAAUCUAGAGUCCAACAUUACAUGCUUUUAACAUCUUUUUUCAGUGGGCUAAAAGAAGAAAAAAAAUCAUUUAAUAACUUAAGACAAGAGAGCCCUAAUUUAUUUUGGACAGGGUGUUGAAUGCACAUUAAAAAUGGAUUAUUCCAAU